UCAAUAAAAAAAAUCUACAUAUUCAACUUUUUUAGUUACCAAAGUAUAAGAAAAUAUAACCAAUUUUUUUCUUUAUUUUAUGGCCAUAACAUGAAUCUCAUCCAUCCACAAUCCAUAUCUCAACACUCCCUACCAUGUCUCUUACAUCACUUCCAACUUUUCCAUCUCUUAAGACACAUCAUUCACUUCAACCAAAUUUACCUGUUACACCCUCAAAGUUUGGUACAAGUUUGGUUUAUAGUGAUGCAUCAAUCACUUUUGCAGCAACAGAAGCAGUUACAUUAGUCAAUACUGUUGUUGUGGAUUCAGCUAGAAAUACUGUAGCUGUUGGAGUUGAAAAUGGGGUGGUGAGAGAAAAAUUCAUAGGAAGUGAUGAUAUGAGGAGGAAGAGGAGGAGAAAAAGAAGAAAAAAUUUGGGAUAUGUUAUGGAAGAAGAGAGUAUACAGAAUAAUUUCUUAUGGCAGAAACAUGUUGUUGGGUCUGUGACAUCAGGGUUUUUGAGUUCAAUAGAAGAGGCUGAGCUUUGUUUAUGUCUCAAGGAGGGGGCAAGAAUCGAAGCUGCUAAGCAAAGAAUGACAGAACAUGAAGGGAAUUCUGCGAUUUCAAGGAGGUUUGCUCUUGGUAAUACAAGUAUAGAAGAAGUGAUGAUUACUACAAGAGAAUCAAAAGAAAGAUUGGCUCGUGAAUAUCGCGGUUUAGUUGCAUCGAUUGCAGGUCGUUAUCAAGGCAACGGAUUACACAUUGAAGACCUCAUCCAGGAAGGAACCAUUGGACUUCUUCAUGGAGCAGAGAAAUUUGAUCCAAAUAGAGGGUGUAAGCUGUCUACUUAUGUUUACUGGUGGAUUAAACAAGCCAUCAUUAAAGCUUUGGCCAAGAAAUCCAGAUUAAUCAGAUUACCGGGAGAAAAGUAUGGAAUGGUUGCAAAAAUUUCAGAGGCUAACAAUGUCUUGAGAAAAAGACUGAGGCGGAAGCCAACAUACGAUGAAUUGGCCGAGGUUCUCAAUGUGAAUGUUUCAACUGUAACACUUGUUUCUGAAAGGAGCAGACAACCAAUUUCAUUGGACAAAACUGUAACUGAUUAUGGCAACUUAACAUUUAAGGAGAUUAUACCAGGGCCAGUUGAAAUGACUCCGGAGAAGAUGGUUGAAAAACAGCUAAUAAAGCAAGGGGUUGCGAAGCUUCUUAACAAACUUAACAAGAGAGAAGAAAAGAUUGUAAGAUUAUAUUUUGGCCUAGAUGGAGAUACCCCUCUGUCCUUUGAGGAGAUAGGAAAGGUGUUGAAAUUGUCAAGGGAGAGAAUCAGACAAAUUUAUGGCAUUGCAUUGUCAAAAUUGCAACAAACUACUUUUGUAGAUAGUCUAAAGUUUUAUGUUGUAUAGAAAAAUCAUUUUGUUGAUUAAGAAACACAUUGUAUAGGCUAUGAAUAGACUAAAUCAUGGAUAUAUAACCGCGAUUCUACCAUACUUAUUGCGAACUCAAACAUGUACUCAAUGUCUUAAUAUUUUGGGCGGAGAUGUGGUGUCAAGGUGUGGUCCUGACGAUUAGUAUGUCAUUGCUCUUAGUACUACAUUGACUUCUCAACAAAUGUGAAAAUAAAACUUAAAUAACAUAUACAUAUGUGAAUUGAUGUAA